UCCCUGCUUUCUAGCGAAGUCAAGAGAGUAAUGAAUUCUCAAGAAACCAUUCUGGACGAUAUGUUGUAUCACAAUUACAAAGACUCUCUAGUAGUCAGGGACGAUGGUGUUUAUCCAGCUCUAGAACUAAAAGAGAUAAAAUCUGCAACUAAGGGGUUUGGUAACAAGAAAAGCGACAAGCAGUCCAGCAAAUGCAGGUCGCGCGAGACAAAGAAAGCAGCCUCGUAUGUCGAUGCUAGUAAAAUUGUUCUCUCUACUCAUCAAACAGUACUAAGAAGCCGUGUAGGACAAUAUCACAGAGAGAGUGGUACCGAAGUGUUAGAUCUUCUAGGCAAAGCGAGAGACAUAAUAGAGCAGCAAGAACGCAUUUCAAAUGAGAUGCACGAUGUGUUCCCCUGUCUUCAAGAAGAUCUUGAACAACUCACUCGUAAGAGCUUGCCUAAUAGUGGUAAAAAUGUUAUGUAG